AUGUACAGUAGAAGGAACUUGGAUAGACAAGGUACGAGAGGUAGGCAGGAGAAUCGGUAUGAUAACUAUUCGAGUCCGAACCCAGUAUCUAUGAAAGAGGCAGUACCGAUAGGUAAACAGACAUAUUGGUCAGGAGAACCUUCGAGGUAUAAGAAGGUACAAGAUCAACAACUCGAUGCCAUUAUAGUUGGUCAUCUCACAAGUGAACAAAUAGAUGCCUAUCAACAGUAUUUUAGGAUCGAAGAAGUUUCAGAUCUAUUGAGAAGAUCCAAUAAUCGGAGUAUAGUUCAGUUACUACCAUCCGGUGACUCAAAGACUAACCCCAACUUAAGAAGAGAUCCAUCACCUCCACCAAAAUAUGACAAUCAAGGUAAUAGGGUUAACACCAGGGAGAUUAGGACUAAAGAGGCAUUAGAAAAAGAAAGGGGGGCAUUGAUAGAAUCAGCGGUAAGAGGUAUCAAACUGUACAACCCACCAUAUGAUUACCAAAAACCUAUCAAAACUACUGAAAAAUUAUAUAUUCCUAUCAAAGAUUAUCCCGACAUCAAUUUUGUUGGAUUUUUAUUGGGUCCUAGAGGAACCACAUUGAGGAAGAUUGAAGAAGAUAGUGGAGCCAGACUUGCAAUUCGAGGUAAAGGUUCGGUAAAAGACGGUAGAUCAACCAAUUCACAAUCAUCAAAUGGAGAUGAAUCUGCAGAAGAAGAUUUACAUGUCAUAAUUACAGCGGAUUCUCAACAGAAACUAGCCAAAGGUAUUCAAUUGACCAAUGAGAUCAUUGAGACCUUAGUUUCAUCGCCGUUUGGUCAAAAUGAAUUAAAGAGGAACCAGUUGAAACAAUUAGCAAUCUAUAACGGUACAUUGAGAGAGACCAAACCAUUUGACCCAACCAAAUACAACGGAAAACUGUCUCGUCCUCAAUUUGAUAUCACUAAGAUUGUUUGUAAGAUUUGUGGAAACGUAGGUCAUCUUGCAAGAGAUUGUAAAUUUAAAAACGAAGAAGGUUUUAACCAAAACACCGAAGAUGUUGAAGACACCCCAGCUUGGAAAAAACCCAGAACCGGUGACGUUUUACCACCUUGGGCAGAUAAUACUGCUUCUAGUGGCACCCCUCCUCCUCCAUCAGCUCCAGUGGCACCACCAAUGGCCAUGGGAAUACCGGCCCCCCCUCCUGGAUUAUCAGGACCACCACCUGGAUUGGUUCCUCCACCUUCCGCAAAUUUACCUCCACCAAAUGUUGUCCCAACUCCACCAGGAAUUCCAGCUCCACCUCCAAGCAUUCCACCACCACCAUCAAACAUUCCUGCCCCUCGUGCUUCGAAUAUUCCUGCACCACCAGCACCACCAGCAGUCAAACCACCACCACCUCGCCCAGACCAAAUCAAACCUCCACAGCCACCACCACCGCCAUCUACAACCACGAAGAAACCGCCACCUCCUCCUCAACAAAAAGAUUAA